AUGGAGAACAAGGAAGCCUCGUUACCAACUCACGCCAAAGACAACCCCAAUGUCUCAGCCGACGGCGCACCCUCGAAGAACGCUUUGAAGAAAGCGCAAAAAGAGGCCGAGAAAGCCGCGAAAAAGGCCGCUGCAAAGGCCAAGGAGGCAGAACAGAAAGCGGCGCAACAAGCUCAAGCAGCAGAAGAUACGGCGACAGGCAACUAUGGCCCGUUACCAGACGAUGCGGUCGAGAUUACCCACCUCAAGAAGCUCGGAGACGAUCAUGUCGACAAGGAGGUCACCAUCAUUGUCAGGAUUCACAACAGCAGGAGCCAGAGUGCGAAGCUCGCUUUCCUCAUGCUCAGACAACAAGGGAAGACCAUCCAGGCCGUCGUCGCAGCCACGGGAGACCAUGUAUCGAAACAGAUGGUGAAAUGGGCUGUGGGAGUCAACAUCAACUCCUUCGUUCGAGUCACUGGUCUAGUCAAGAAGCCCGAUCCGCCAGUCGCCUCCGCCUCAAUAAGCAACCUCGAGUUACAUGUCACUAAAAUCUACCUGGUCUCAUCCGCUGCCGAACAGCUCCCUAUGCAAGUGAAAGACGCUGAACGACCACCGCCAGCACAAGAAAAGGAAGGAGAGGCGGCAGUCGACGCGGAGGGAGUGCCGAUUGUCACCUUGAAGACCCGCCUCGAUAACCGAGUAAUCGAUCUACAGACGGAAUGCAACCAGGCCAUCUUCACCAUAUCCUCAGCAGUAGAGAGCCUAUUCGAAGAGUACAUGAGAAAAUCAGGUUCAAGGAAAUUCAACACACCCAAGCUGCUCGGCGCGGCAACCGAAGGAGGCAGUGGUGUCUUUGAAGUCGGCAAUUAUUUCGGAAAGAGUGGCUUUUUGGCGCAAUCACCACAACUGCACAAGCAGAUGCUCAUUGCCGGCGACUGCGAGUCGGUGUUUGAGAUUGGGCCCGUAUUUAGAGCAGAGAACAGCAAUACCCAUAGACACAUGACCGAGUUCACCGGCCUGGACUUUGAAAUGGUAUUCAACCACCACUACCACGAGGUUCUGGACUUUGCUGAGCAACUCAUCGUCUUCAUCAUCUCCGAGCUAGAUUCCCGGUACAAGGACGAGAUCGCCGUGGUGCAGAAGUUCUUCCCUCGAGCCGGGGACUUCCAUCUCAAAGACGGCAAAGCCCUGCGCCUGAAAUACUUUGACGGCAUCAAAUUACUGAAAGAAGCCGGUGUUGACACAACCGAGCAGGACAACUACGUGACAGACCUGACGACCGCCCAGGAGAAGAAGUUGGGACAAAUCAUCCGAGAGAAGUACGACACGGAUUUCUACGUCCUCGACGAGUUCCCCAUGGUAGUCCGCCCGUUCUACACCAAACCGCAUCCGACAGACUCCAAAUUGAGCAACUCGUACGAUUUCUUCAUGCGCGGGGAGGAGAUCAUGUCCGGCGCCCAGCGUAUCAAUGAUGCCGCGGAGUUGGAGGCGUCGAUGCGCGCGAAAGGUGUCGACCCGAACGCCGAGGGGUUCCAGGACUAUGUCAACGCCUUCAGACAAGGAUGUAGACCGCACGCUGGUGGUGGGUUGGGAUUGAACCGGAUCGUCAUGUUCUUCCUUGGCUUGGACAACGUGAGGCAGGCGACGCCUUUCCCUAGAGACCCGCAACGAUUGAGGCCGUGA